ACACUGGCUGUGAAUUAAAACCUAGUAAGCUCGACAGUAUUUUGGCCAUCAUAGAAGAAUCCUGAGACUCCUGUCUAUUCAGCUGAACUGAUUCGGUUGUUGUCUAGAUAGGCAGCUCACGGGGUUUUGAAACACAUCCACUGAAUCCACCGCUGUCGCCUGUGCUACAGCAGCAUUCAUCUGACUCGAGCAACCCGGACAAACCAUCUGACAUCGCAGGCUUAUUCGCUCGGGAACACAGCAAUCAGCCAUUUUAGCCCUGCGUGUAUAUCCAUGCGAAAGGAACAAAGCUUCCAUGAGGCACAAAGGCAAAAGGCCGAGAGUUUUAGAGAAUAAUAAAAACCUGCUCUUUUAUUUACGUGAGUUCCCUGUUUCCGCGCUGAAUUCUAGCAUGUACCACAUGUGACGAUUAUAGGAAUGUGGAAUAUGGGAUCACAACAGCCCAUCAUUAUCUACAGAUUGGAAUCACCUUGGGAGAUGACAGAUAGAUGCAUCGGGAGGAUCGGAGCCUGCCAGCCAACAUCAUAAACUCACCAUGGACCAUAGCUUCAGUUUCAGCACACUGAAGAAACUAGCGGCUGAGCCGGACCACACUGACAUCACUCUGCCGGCGGUGGAGCGCAUCCGGGCCCUCAGCAAAAUGGGCUACAACAUUGAGAUAAAUGAAGACAUCACCCCACGGCGAUACUUCCGCUCUGGCGUGGAAAUGGAGCGUAUGGCAGCUGUUUAUCUAGAGGAGGGCAGUCUGGAGAAUGCCUUUGUGCUCUACAACAAGUUCAUCACUUUAUUUGUGGAGAAACUCCCCUGUCACAGGGAGUAUCAGCAGUGCAACGUCCCUGAGAAACAAGUGAUAAUGAAGAAAUUACAGGAAGUGGCUUUUCCGCAAAAGGAACAGUUGAAGAGACUUCUCCAUGAGAAAUACAGCAAGGAACACAGUGACUAUCUGAAGAGUCAGAGCCAAGCCAUGUCUGUUGAGAUGUGUGGUGAACGGCUGCAGAAGAUGUCUCUGUUGGAGGAGGAAAGGCAGCGUGUGGCACUGCUCAGGAAGAUGCAGAUCGAGUCCGAACAGUUCCGCUUUUUCGAGGACCAAUUGCGUAGACAAGAGCUGGCUAGUCACAGCGAAGAAGCUGUCCCCAAAGUGCCUGAACAAACCGAUGGGUCCUGCUUGUCCCAGACCUCGAAAAACCAUAUGCGCCUUGACCCCAAUCGUAACAGACCAGCGGUCCCUGUCCCUAAACCAGCAGCCACCUUAGCAGCUGUGCAAAAUCAGCGUGUGGAAGGCCUGAGGCGGGUUUUAAUCCCACGAGACCUGACUUACAGAUUCCUGCUUUUGGCUGACAGUAACACAGCCAGAGGAAUUGAGACGUGUGGAGUUCUCUGUGGAAAGCUGGCACACAACGAGUUUGUGCUUACCCACGUGAUCGUUCCCAAGCAGUCCGCCGGCCCUGAUUACUGUGACAUGGAGAAUGUGGAAGAGCUGUUUAGUUAUCAGGACCACCAUAACCUUCUGACCCUGGGCUGGAUCCAUACGCACCCGACUCAGACGGCCUUUCUCUCCAGUGUAGAUCUGCACACACACAGCUCUUAUCAGCUCAUGCUACCAGAGGCCAUCGCUAUUGUUUGCUCACCUAAACAUAAUGACACAGGAGUGUUCCGACUCACCAGUGCUGGAAUGGGAGAAGUAGCUGGUUGCAGAUUGAAAGGCUUUCACCCCCACUCUAAAGACCCUCCUCUGUUCACAAUUUGCAAGCACGUUGUGUUAAAGGAUGCGAAAACGACAGUGCUGGACCUCAGGUGACAGAGGAAGAGGAGAGAUACUGUAGUAUGAGAAAACCAUUGAGAAUAUCUAUUUAUAUCUUUGUUUACUUGAAGGCUUUUUGUAUUUAUUUAUUUUACAAAAAAGUGUGAAAUAGAAUCCCUCAGCUCCACAGUUUGCUGUGAGCAGGUUUAGUGAAGCUGUUGAGAUGUUCCAAUGGCAUUUUGUUUUUUCCAGGCCAUCAUGCCCUUUUUGUUUAUGGCCACGUGUUUUUUGAAAAUUUUAUGUCAGAGCAUAAUGCGUCUUAUGAUCUGACUGCUUUUUUGGUUCUGUGUCCUCAAGGUGGCAUCAAUUAGCAAGGAAUAUUACGAGGCUGCUGCAAUGUAACUUUUUUUAAGGAAGAAGUGUGUGCGUGCAUGUGUGAUUUUGCCUUUGAUAUCAGUUGAUAUCACUUGCAGUUCUCACUGUAACAUGGUAUGAACUGAAAAGGUGAGGUUUAUGUAUACUGACAGUGAAAAAAAAAGACGUUUCUAGGCCUCUUACUGUUAUAGACAUACAUGAGGACAUUUGUUAUGGUUGAAAAUGUUUAAUAAUUGAUGAUUAUGCUGAAGUACAUCUAUUGUAUCUUUACAGUGUUGCAACACAUACAACUUUCAGGCUUAAAAGAUAUCUGUUGUUUCAAAUUUAAAUGAGGCAAUAUAUUUGUGUUGGUCAUUAGAAUGGGCUGACUCUCUCAGCAUUUUGAAAGGGAAGUGUCGCUUGAAAGUAUAAACAAGUAGAAAAAUGUUCCCCUGUACAGGGGAUCUCUUAGCCCAAACCCAAAGCUCCCCCAGAAAAAUAAGCAAAGAAACCUAGAGGCAUUACCAGAGGGUCUCUUACCAUCAGGGCCUUGACUGCACUAAUCUCAGGGUACCAUUCCCUCAUUAUAACAACCAGAUGUGAUUUUUUUGUCUCCACUAAUUUUUUGGUUUGAGGAUAAAGUUCAUUUUAAUUACCAGCGUAAGAAGAUAAAAGGAGAGGUAUUCUGAGCUACAGUGACCCCAGAAAAUAUUUGGACACUUUUAGGCAACACUUAAAAUAUAUGGAUGUUUUGCAUUAUAUAACCAAAUAUCAAACCAAUGGAAUUUAUUUAAUAUAUAUUUAUGUAUGUGUGUGUGUGUGUGUGUGUAUAUAUAUAUAUAUUUAUGAAACACACAAUUUUCAAGCAAAAAAUUGCACAAAAAGAAAUUAGUUGGGUUUUAAAUGAUAAAACAGUAGAUACAAAUAGGUUCAGAUUCAUGACAAAAAGUAUUUGAUCACAGUCUGGUUGUCAAAUUUUGUAGAACAUGUCUAAAGUUAAUGUGAUGAACUACACAUCUGAAAAAAAAAAAAAAGGUCUAGCAUAAUUUAUACGCAGAUGCCACUUGCUUUGAUAUUUUGUAUUGAGACAUAAGUGUGCUGUGACUUAAGUGUCCAAAUAUUUGGGCCACUGUAUGUGUUCGUCCAUGCAAUUCAGUAAUGGUGUUCAGUAUACCAUGUGUUCCUUGUACUUUAUGUGGCAUUGGAUUGUGUGUGGUAUUGUGUCAGUGGUCUCACUGAAAUGUGCUGUGCUGCUGUGGCUCUUCGUGUACUGGAAAGCACAAGGAGGCUUAAAUGUCUUUAAGCACCAUCCUUCCCUCAGCCCAUUUGUUAAUAAAAGCAAAAGACCUCU